AUGUCAACAAGACGAGCCAAGGAGGAAGAAAUGGCUUGGAGGUUAAGCGAACUGAGAGAGCAGCUGGAAGCAAGUAAAGCCAAUGAAAUGCAACUGAAGGGGAAGCUAGAAGCUGAAAUGAAGAAACUGAGAGUGCAGGUAGAGCAGUGGAGAAAAACGAUAGAUGUUGUAGCUACAGUGCUUACUGGAGGACUAGAGAUGAAUGGGAGAUGGAUAUCUGAGAGAUGCGAAUCCAUGAAUAAGCACUACGGAAACAUGUUCAAGCCAUCGACUGGCGGGUACACAGGCUUUGUUGGUUCUCCCAGCCUCGGUGAUGAUACAAAUUAUGGUUUUGGGAGCGGAAAGAAGAAAAGCUAUGGUAUUAGAAUGUUUAGGGACUUGUGGAAAAAGAGGGGCCAGAAAUAA